AUGAAGAUAUGUCUGUCAGAGUUUUUAUCGGGGUUAGACUUCCUCAAAGCGAGGAAGAGUGGCGAAUUUGUUGGGACAAGGGAGGAUAAUCCUGCAAUGAUUCUAGAGGAACAAGUUGCUGCAUGGAUAAGACUUACUAGUCUAGAAGAUCUACAGGAAUGUUUUAGAGUAUUUGAAGAGAAAGUUUGUGUGUCAGAUUUUCCAGCAAGAUAUACUCCACAAUUCUGGUUGGCUCAUGCUGCAUUAACAACUAUCUAUAAUGUGAUGAUUGGCUAUUUGGAAACUCAUGAUGAUGCUGAACUAAAGAAGGAAACAGACAAAUUGUUGUUUGACCUUUGGGUUCACCUAUUGGCAUGUGGUCCGGGGUCCACUCAUUUAGAAAUGAUGGAUAUUGUAUUAAAAUAUCCUCAUUAUCCACUCUGGAAAUAUAUGCAGACACUUCAUGGAGAAGAUCUACGUUUAUUGGUGUCAUCAUUAAGGACAGACUUUGUUUACAAGGAGGAAGUGUCUGCUGAUCACUAUGCUACUCUCAUGGAAACACAUAUCGACAAAGUUUUCAAAACUAUAUUAAGCGCAGGACAGAUUGAGGAGGCCAGAAGGGAGCUUUUAGAUUUAUAUUCAUUCUACAUGUAUAGAAUGAAUCAUGUCCCACCCCAUAUUGGGCCUCGACUUUCCCAUCUAUGUUUCCUAAUAUGUCAAAAGUAUGAGCUGGAAAACCCUUAUAUGGGCCGGGAUGACUGGGUUAUAAUGCGGAAUCAUCUGAAAGUGAUAAAGGAUGUUAUUACAGACUCCUCAUUUACUGUAGCUAGUGAGGCCCAGUACAGAGCUCCUCUGACACUUGAAAAAAUCUUCCAAGCGGCUGUUAAGGAUAAAAUGCUCAAUAUCAUGUUCAAAGACUUCAUGUCACUGUUGUUGACAAUCUGUAACCAUAGCAACAGCAAGAAAUGUAAACGUCUAUUUUUAGCCUACCAGACAGGACUCUUUGAACAACUAGAUUUCAAAUACGGAUUUGAUGAAACCCCUACAUGGCUGUUUACACAGUGUUUGGAUACCCUUGUUUUAUUGUCUAAAACAUUCAAGAUGGAAACUCAUAUGGAUGAGCUUAUUAUUUCAACACAAAAUCUGGCUCUUAUCAAGUUUACUCAGUUUUACAGGACAGCUGUUUCAGCAGCCAGCUGGCAUGAUCUAAUGGUGAACUAUAUAGUCUCAGGAAGAACUCUCCUGGUGAAGGAGGCUAGAAACCUACUGAGCUCUCCUGUAUUGAAGGAAUAUGGUGUCUUGAAUUGGAAGACUUAUGAAGUACAAGGGAGGCUAUUUAUAGACAUUAUAACUGAUGCACCGGGACAAUUCAUGCAGGCAGAUGAGGAAGGAAACGUGUCAGAAACAAUUCAAGCUAUUGCUAGAUUUAUUGACAAUUUUCUGGCUCAGAUAAGAGAUCUUGAGAUAGAGGGGCGUGUCAGGCAAAAUGUACAUAAAUGUUUACUUAAAUGUAUGGAGAAAGAACCCCCAUUGAAAUCCCCAAUAUCUCUGGCAUGUAUACAGUCAGGUAUUCCAGAUUUUACAGAUGUUAACUUCAUCAAGGAUGGGUUAUUCAGUGUGGAUACAUUAUUGAAAGAUGCCAGAUGUCCUGGUGAUAAUGAAACAUUGUCACAAGUUGUAUUACAUCUUCUACAAGAGAGCCUGCAUUUAUACAAGUCUAAAGGCUAUGUACCUGUGGAUGUGAACAGCUUGCUGAUGACUAUUUGUAUUUCCUGUUUGUCAGCAGACGACACUAAUCAGGAUGACAGUGGUCAUGUGACUACAUCAUGUGACAUGUGGAAUACCUUAUAUGAGAAAGUGGUCUUAGAAUUCAUUGAAAUGCACCUGGAUAAGGGAUCCAUUAGAUCAAUUACAUCACUGGUUCCUCAAGUAAUACUAGCCAUACAAGAGUCAAUACAGAGGCUGAGAGGCAGCCCUGUCAGAUGUGUGGACUUCUUGUCUAUGCUAGGAACCAAAUGUUUCCAGUUGGUCAGUGAUCACUUGACUGAAUUAUUGGAACUUUUCCUGGACUGGCAAUGCCAUGGCUUGAGUGACUUCCAUGUUAAGGCAUUUCAUCAGGAUCCAGGACCAUAUAUCCCCAUGUUUCAGGAUAUAUUUAGUAAAACAUUGUCAAUGGAACAUGAAGAUAAACAUCAUGGCAUGACCAUUCUGGAGGCAAUAUCAGAGGAUAAUUCUCAGUUGUUUCUGUCGACCCACAUUUGUCAGUUGCUAGGCAUCUAUCCCUUGGAGACCAAGGUCACUCAGUGCCAUAUAUUAAAUGUUGUGCACAAUGUAGUUAAAAGGUCACCAGGUCAGGUUGCCGGUUAUUUCACAGUGUUGAUUGAUGAUAGCAAAUUUACCACAGAUUCCCUUCAACAAAGAUCUUCUAUACUGCAAUAUCUAUGUCAAUAUAAUGAUGACCAUUUACAGAAGACGUUGGAUUAUCUGAUGAAGCAUGCAGAUAGCAGGUCAGAAUCUGUGUCACUGGUUGCCAUGGAGAUACUUAUACCUCUUAUUAGAGAUAAACCAGGUCACAUUCACAGACAGAAAGUACGGUUCAAAAAUAUUUGGAAAUCUUCGAAAAAUGAGAGAAUUAAACAACUUUGUGUGCAAGUUUUACCUGAAAUAAAAGCUACUGUGAAGAAACCUGCCCAAACAACAGCAGUAAAGGAGACAGGCAAGAAAGUGGUCCCGCCAAUAAAUAGUAAUACAAAAUUCCCUAGCAAGUUGCAAGCCAGGCCACAAACAUCUGAUAGAAAGCCUACACCUCCAGUUGCUAUGGCAACAAGAUCAGAUUCUAGCUCAUCUAUAGUCAAACAUAAUCCUAGAACUAGUCAUGCAGAGGUGCUUAAUACAUCGAUAACUUUGUCAAAAGAGGAUCAAAGUACUGUAAGUAAUACCACUCGAAAGAGUGAAACUGAUACAGCUACUGAACCUAUGAAAACUGAUUCUAAAGGUGCUGGUGAUAAGGUGCUUAGUGUGACACAGGGUGAUGAUAUAAACAAGAAGCAGGGAAAUGAACCCCAAAAUGCAAAAAUGGAAAAGGAUAUAAAAAGAGAACAAAAUGAAGCAAUAAGUAUUGAUCAAACAGAUAAAACUAAUGUGUCUGAUACUGAUAACGUUGAUAAGUCAAAACUGGAACAUUUGAAAUCUGAAGGAAAUAUGCCAGAAGAUACUGUACCUGAGAAGGACAAUUUAUCUGCAUUAUAUAUUGAUAGUGGCAGAAAAAGUAAAGAUUUAAAUGUUAAGGUUGAUGAGACUAAUGUAAGAGAGUCUUUGGAAUCAUAUGAAGAGAAUGUAGUUGAUGUGUUAAGGAGUCAGGUAACAAAUGUUGAGCCAGAUGUCUGCUUAUGUAGUAGUGUGAAGACUAAGCAUUUAAUGGAGAGAUUUGGGGUAAAGCUGAGGAACGCAGGGUACAAUAACAUUGUAAAGGAUGUUGAUGCGAAGGGUGAUGGCAAUACAUUUACAGGUGCUAAAGUUGUAAUGGUCUGUCUUGACAACAUUCAAGAAUCUACUGAAGAUAUUAAGCUUAUAAAUGAGAUUUCAAGCUUGCUGGACAAGGAUAUACCAUUGAUAGUGUUGAAGUUUCAAAAUGUCCCAUUGUCUGAGAAGUUACAUAAAGCAGUGAUGACUGACAGAAGUUAUAUACGUUUGUAUUCUAAACCUGGUGAAGAUAAAAUUGUUGGUACAGACUGGCCCAAGUACAAGUUUUGUGAAGUCUUGAUGCAACUUAGUUAUCUUGGAGUAACUCCUGAUGAGCAGUUGAUAACUCAAGAAUUUCAAUCAUUAUGGGGACGAACAUGUCAGAUUUCUUUGGGACAAAAACAUAUUGUUGACCAGUCAGUAUUACCAGAUAUAUUUAUAUCUUAUCACUGGGGAAAGUUAAAGCAAAUAGAACCACUGUAUAAGCGAUUGUUGAGGGAGAAUUUAUCUUGUUGGUUUGGAGCAUAUCAAAUGGGAGGAACAGAAUCUUUGUAUCACAAAAUCCAGCAUGGUUUACAGAGCUGUCGUAUUGUUUUGGCAUGCGUUACAAACAAUUACCACCUGUCAAAAGCCUGUGAACGUGAUAUAAGAACAGCUAAAAAACUGGAUAGAAUAAUAAUUCCCUUGUUAAUUGGUGAUUGUACCUGGCCAGUGCCUGGUAAAGUGGGAAACAUCCUGACAGAUUGUAAACCAAUAAAAUUGACAGUUUGGGAUGAAGGAAUUGUUGACACUAGAACUGACAGUAUGUCCAAACUUGUGACAUGUUUACAAAAGUACCAUACAGAAAGAAAGGGGGCUGAUUUUGUUGAUGGAGAUAAUAAAUCUGCUGAGAUCCUUCAAGAGUUAGAAACUGAUCAGUUUGAGGAAAAGUCAGAAAUGAACUCUGGUUUUACAUAUGCAGAUAUUCGAGUGCAGGGCCAAAGGGCAAAAAGAACUGUGAAGAAAACAAGCUCUGCGUAUGAUCUUGGGUCACGCUCAGUUGGUAGUAGAAAUAUGACAAGACGUCAUAGCAAUAUUGAUGACCUGAAAAUUAAAAGAAGAGAUCUUCCUGAUGGUGUUCUUGUCGAUGAAGAUGGUUACACACUCAGAUCAACCAGAUCUAAAUCUUGUAUUAUACUGUGACAAUUUUAAUUGCUGAUGACUUAAAUGUUUUAAUGAUUAUUACCAGAAUGUUUCUGUUGUAUCUGAAAUCAAAGAUUAGGGUAGUUGUUCAGAAAAAAUAUUAAGUUGAAUAUUAUACUAAAACAAGAUGUACUGCAAUUUUUGACAAUAAUAGUUUCAAUACUAUUAUAUAAGUUUGAAAAAAAAUUUAGUUCUGUAUUUUCUGUGUGUUUUAUUAAUUGAUGGUUUAAAUUUGUUUAAUUUCUUGCCAAGAAAAAUGUUUACCGGUACAAGUAUAAUUUGGCAAUAUCAAAAUAUUAACACUUUUACUAAAUAAAGUAAAAUAACUUCUUUAUUGCAGCAUAGUUUAUCAUUUUGUAUUUGUUAAGUCAAG